AUGGCUGAAAGGAUCAGCAGCGGCAGCUGGCGCGGAAAUGCUGCCCAAGCCCAAACUUGCGUCGGCCAUUGCUGUGCUUCGUGCUAUGCUCCUGGACCGGGGCACUUCUCUCUGGACAGGUCCAUGACAUCCAUGGUCGCGGAGAUGGCAGCUGCAAUGCCCGAGUCCCUGGGUGUGCUGGAUGACGGCUCCGGCGUCAGCUACACCUAUCGGGAGAUUCUGCAGAUGUCCGGUUCUGUGGCAUUCGCGCUGCACGCAGCGGGAGUCUUACCUGACACACUGGUGCCCUUCAUGGCAUCCCGGGGGGUUGAAAUGAUCCUCGGCAUCCUGGGCAUCAUCCGUGCUGGAGCUGGCUAUGUGCCGUUGGACCUUCACUGGCCGGAUGAUCGCCUGGAAGAUGUGCUGAAGCAAUGUAAAAGCAAGGUUUUGCUGGCAUCUUCGGAUUGCCGCAGCAUUCUUGCUGGGAUCGCACAGAAUGUGCCCAGCGUUUGCUCCGUCAUGGACGUUGCAUCGCAUGUGACAGGGCAGGAACUACCUGACAAAGGAAGCGGAAGUGCUUUGGCCUACACCUUCUUCACAUCCGGCACCACCGGAAAGCCCAAAGGCGUUAUGGUCGAGAACAAGGGUCUGGUGCACCGGAUCCACUGGUUCCAGAAGCGAUGGCCCUUGCACAAGGGAGAGGGUGUGGUGUCCAAGGUGGCGUACACCUUCGGGCUCUCGGAGUGGGAGAUCUUUUGGCCUUUGGUCGCUGGAGCCACCUUGAUCCUGGCGCCGCCAGGCGGCGAGAAGGAUGCUGAAUACUUGCUGCGGCGGGCGUGCAAUGCCUACACAGUGCCAGAGCCACAGGAGCGCUUGAUUCCUGGACAGGGGCCUUCGCCAGACUGCGUGCACUCCGUGGCGGCGCACGUCUUCGUGCCAUCAAUGCUGCAUAUGGUGUUUGACAAGUAUGAUGAGCUCGAGGAGGAAGACAUGGGCCGACGGGCUGGGGAACACCAUGAGGAUGGCACUUGGUGGCACCACUCCAAGGCUCGAGAGGUGAUCACCUGUGGGGAGGCGCUGAACCCUGGCCUUGCGCAGAAGAUGUUCUCGCGCUUCCACCACUCCACUCUCACAAACCUGUAUGGACCAACAGAGGGGGAGAUGACCUAUUGGGACGUGCCGCAUGGCAGUGCCCUGCAUCGAGUCUCCGCGGGCGCACCUAUGGAGGGCUCAAAGGUGGUGCUGGCGGACUUGCGGCGCCCCGAGCCAGCCGCAAGCCUGGAGCCGGCGGAGAUCGCUUUCGGGGGGCCCUUCAUCGCCCGGGGCUACCUGGGAAGGCCUGACUUGGACGCAAAAGCCUUCAUCAGUGACUUCACGCGCACCGACAGCUGCAGCAUGGCGAGCGGCAACGGUGCCAGCAAGGCGGGCGACAGGCUCUACAUGACAGGUGACCUUGGCCGCUGGCGAGAGGGCAACAUCGAGCUUUUGGGCCGUAAGGACUUCCAGGUGAAGCUCAGAGGCUUCCGCAUCGAGCUGGGGGAGGUCGAGGCUGCCUGCCGCUCUGCCGGGGCGCGGGCGGCGGUUUGCGUGCUGCGAAAGAGCGGCAACGGGACCUCCGGGCUCGUGUCCUACUACGAGCCAGGUGCAGAUCAAGAGGUCCCCGAAGCUGCGGUGCGAGCUUCCUGCCAGAAGUCCUUGCCACCCUACAUGCAGCCACAGAUCAUCGUGCGCUUGGAGAAGCUUCCCCGGAACAACAAUGGUAAGAUUGACAGAGCCAAGCUCCCGGAUCCACCUGUGCUGCGUAGCGAGGCAGCGGAGAGCGCAGGCUCGCCCCCUCAGUCCCCGGUACAGAAAACCACUGCAGCCACAAUCGCUCGUGUGCUGGGCUUGCCGGCGGGCAAUGUGCACUUGGAUUCCGACUUUCAGGAACUGGGCGGUAACUCGCUGCUGAUGGGACGCGCGAGCUCGGCCAUCAAGAAGGCGUUUGGCCUCGCGAACUUCAAGGGUACUGCCAUGUACCAGCUGGGCACUGUCCGGCGCAUUUCCGCGGCUGUGGAGAACUUGCUCUCAAAACAGAAUGCCGAGCCGGCUGAGCGCAACGCAGGCAGCGUCACGUCGUUGGCCCAGCAGCCCCGGCGUUCCAAGUAUAGCUCUGCGUCUUGGAGCUCUAUCUGCAUCCAGGCCGUGAGCGUCUUUUGCCUCAACUUCUUGUUCCAGAGCCAGGCCUGGUCGCCGAUUUGGUGGGCCGCCUGGUUUAUCUACGAGUAUCAUGGCAGAACUGCCCUGUUCUUGUACUUGCCCUUCGCGACACUUUUGGAUCUAGCAAUGAUGUUCUCCGUGGUAGUUUGGAUCAAGUGGCUGAUCUUGGGAAAAGCAAAGCCAGGUACAGCGGAACUAUGGUCCGGCGCCUACUACCGCUGGUGGUUUGUGAACACCCUUUUGAAGCACUCCCUGGAUCAAGCUCUUCCACUGAUUGCAGAGACGCCGGCUGCAAACCUUCUCCUUCGCGCUUUAGGCGCAGAAGUUGGAGAAGGAGCCCGGAUUAGCUGUUUCGACCUCCAUGAUCCAGACCUUGUGGUUGUGGGCGCCAACUCAACCAUUGGCAAGCGGGCCAAGCUGGCCACCUCCUGCGUGUUGCAUGGCCAGGUGCAUUUGGACUACAUCAAGAUAGGCAGUGGUUCUGCCGUUGGGCCGACAGCGGUGUUAUCUCAGCUCACAGUGGUUCCGGACAAAAAGGUGGUCGUGCCCUUGUCCACGAUGCCAGGCUGGCACGGCCCUGUGGGCUCCGUGGCUUUCCAUGACGCUCAGCCGCCGCGCACCUCCGAGGAGUUCGAUCGCAAGCAAAACAAGUUCCGCAUCAUCUUCGGGCUUCCUGCCGUUCUAAUGGCCGAAGUGUUGCCGUAUUACUUCACCUACUAUGUACUGGUGUGGUCAUACGAUGGCCUGUACGACAACGACCCAGUCACAGCCUUCACAAUCUGGAGUGUGCUCCUCUCAUGGCUCUAUGCUCAUCCCAUGUGGUUCUUCCGGCUGGUGGUCGUCAUUCUGCAAAAGUGGUUAUUGAUCGGCGACUUCAAAACACAGAAGAAUCAUGAGAUCAGCCACUGGAAGGAGUGGAAACACUGGGUGCACGCACGUGCGGUGGAAUCUCACGACUUCGAGGAGAUAGGUGAGAUGUUCACCAACACCGAAGUGCUCUCGUACAUCUACCGUGCUCUUGGCACGAAGAUUGGCAGAAGGGUGCAGAUCGACCAGUUACACUUUGUGGAGAAUGACUGUGUUACCAUUGACGACUACGUGGUUUUCGGCAGCGAAGUCAUGAUGUGCACGGAUAUGCAUGCGCCCUGGGUGCCUGCCGAGUACAGCAAGAAGAUGGAGAAGCAACGAGGUUCGAGACCACGCUACGCGGACGUGAAGAUUUGCAAGGCCGCGAACGUGCUCGACCACUGCACUCUUCUUCCGGGCGUCACUGUGGCAGAACGCGCAGUGCUGGGAACCUGCACAUUGGCAAAGGCAGGCAGCUACUAUCCCCCUCUGGCCAUUCACUCUGGAAGUCAGCGAGGCCGAUCAAUGCACCUGCGUGACUAUAUGCCAUCACCAGCAAUGAGAGAGCUUGAGGACAAGACGAUGCAGGACUUGGACAACCCCCUUACUUGGUGGAGGUUCAACUUCAUCAUCCUGCUGACCAUCUUGAUUGCGAAUCCUAUCCCAGAAGCAGCCUGGGUUGCAACAUACUUUGGAGUCAUGCAGAUCUGGGACUUUGAAGAGGAUGGUGUGCUGAUGCUUCUGCUGGCUACUCCUCUAGUCUACAACAUUAUUGAGUUCAUCCUGCUGCUGGUCAACUUGGUGCUCAAGUGGAUCAUCAUCGGUAAGUAUCGGGCUGGGGAGUACAAGUUUUUCGGGUCCUACCAUUUGCGCUGGAUGAUCAUGAUGAUCGUGGGGUCAGGCAUCAGCGCACUCCAGGAUUGCCUUCACGGCACCGUUUUUGAGGUGUGGCUGGCUCGCGCAUGCGGCGCAAAGGUUGGCAAGGAAUGCUACCUUGCCGGCCUCAUUGUGGAGUACGACCUGCUCAGUGUAGGUGACCAUGUAGCCAUUGGCUCUGGGUGUGACACCACUGGACACACGGUUGAGAACAUGGUCGUCAAGCUGGCGCCGACCAGGAUUGGUGAUGGCGCGGCGCUGCUCCCUGGCUCUUUUGCAAUGCCUGGCUCAGUCAUUGAAGACGAGGCUGUCCUCAUGGAGCACACCCAGGUGCUGAAGGGUGAGACAGUUCCAGCCAGAGAGGUGUGGGCAGGUAUGCCAGCUUCUGGCUGCAAGCCAGUCAGGGUGGCGUAA